CCGUCUUUGAAAACACGAGCGAGAGAGAGAGAGAGAGAGGUCGUCUUCUUCCCGAGAUAACAAACCCUAGAUUGAAACCCUAACCCUAGAUCUCUGAUCCGAGCUUGGGAUGGGGAAGAAGAAGAAGAGGGCGUCCAAGGUCUGGUGCUACUACUGCGACCGAGAGUUCGACGAUGAGAAGAUCCUUGUCCAGCAUCAGAAGGCCAAGCACUUCAAAUGCCAUGUUUGCCAUAAAAAGCUAUCCACCGCCGGUGGCAUGGCCAUUCAUGUCCUCCAGGUCCAUAAGGAAACCGUCUCCAAAGUGCCAAAUGCCAAGCCUGACAGGGAAUCAACUGAAAUUGAAAUUUUUGGAAUGCAAGGAAUUCCUCCUGAAAUUUUAGCAGCUCGCUAUGGUGAAGAUGAAGAGACCUCAGCAAAGCUGGCUAAAGUGGAAGUGCCUUCCUCAGGACUUGUCAGUGGCAUAAUCCCUGGACAACUAGGCAUGGGUUAUGUUUCACAGCCCCCUUUUGGUGCAGUUCCACCCGGGUACAAUCCAGCAAUUCCUGCACAGCCUUCAACUUGGCCAAUGCCACCUCGACCACAGCCUUGGUUCCCAGCUGCUGCAGUUCCUCUCCCAGUGCCUACUGGUGUGGCCCCCCAGCAGCCUUUAUUUCCUAUUCAAAGCGUGAGAACACCUCUAACACCUGGUGCUCCUCCUGGACUUCAACCAUCAUUUCCAAUUGGUCCACCUGGUCUCCCUUCUGUUCCACCUGCUGUUCCAGUGUCCCAACCAUUGUUCCCUAUUACCAGUGCUACUGGGACACCCUCACAAAGUUCUCCCUUUGUGGCAGCCUCACUUCCACCGACUGUUUCAUCAGCAGCUCCAGGAGAAUUCAAGGGUGUUGAUGCAAAUUCCAUGCCCAAUGCUGCAGUUGCAACUAGCACUCAAGGUUCACAUAUGUAUGCUUCCGGUCCAAACACAGAGGGCCCUUCAAUUGGUCCUCCGCCUGUGAUAUCUAACAAAGUUCCUGCUAUCCAACCAGCCACUAAUGAAGUCUACUUGGUUUGGGAUGAUGAGGCUAUGUCCAUGGAGGAAAGACGAAUGUCCUUGGCGAGGUAUCAGGUGCAUGAUGAAACUAGCCAGGUAAGUCAACUGCCUCUGCUUUUUCGUUAUGUUCAAAUGGAUGGGGAUAUCUAUUUCAUGCCCAAAUUGAUAGGUAGGCAGAGCACAAAUUUCUUUAUCAAUUUAUUUUGCUUUGAGUGCAUUAGCAUGUGUUGAUGUCAUCAUUCUGAAUAAGUUGUUUUUUCUGAAGUAGUGGGGUACAAUACAAACAUUUAGAGGGAUUUUCACAUUUAUAACUUUUGCGGGUCCUAUAAUAUUGUUUUGAUUUUAGAACAUGUGGUUGAUGGAUGCAUGCUAGUUUUAUAAUCCUCUCAUUUUUGCCUUGCAUCAAAUUGCCAUUUUAUGGGGCCAUCGACAGAUUCAAGUAGGUAUCCGAGUUACUUCUCCUGUUAGUUAGAAUUUACAAAUCUAACAAUCUUGUUCUGCAAAUGACUCCGGGAUUUCUCAACCUAGCACAAGGCCCAUGCGAAAACGUGUAUGUAUAUUUGUUUAUUCAUUAUUUUGUUUCUUCGUAUUCAUUCGCCCUAUUGCUUUUUAACGAGCGUGGGGGGUUUGGAUGGGGCAACAAUUAAUGCCGGCAGGAAUUUUACCUAUUCGUAGCAUGUGUUGUAUAAUCUGUUUUUGAUCACAGUGUGCGACCAGACAUUGGUUACAGGUCAGCCUUUUCCAUUCAUCAAGCAACUACUUACCUCUUGGAUUGAUAGGAAAAAGUUCAUAAUCCACCUACCAGAUGAAAUAUUAUUGCAUGUGGUUCUCAUGUUGUUUUCAUGGGAAUGUUUCAGAUGAACUCAAUUGACGCAGCUAUUGAUAGGAGGAUAUCUGAAAGCAGACUUGCUGGUCGGAUGGCUUUCUAAUUGUUUCGAAAGGCUGGAAAUUGGUUUUCGUACUGACUCAUGUUUCGGGGGCAUUGAUGCUGUACUUGAGAAGCUCAUUGUGGAUUUAUUAUGGAUGUUUCCAUCAAAAGUCAUUCAAGCUACUCCUGCGAGAAGAAGAUGUUCGAGUAAGUUCUAAAGAGAGUACUAUUCUUCUUAGAUGUCCUCGUUAACAACUUUAGUUUCGAAAGUGUGAGCAAAUUCUUCAUUUAGUCUAUUGUUGGCGGAUGGUUUCUUUUUCUGGGAAACAUAAGUGACAAAUGUCUAAUUGUAGCCUAAAUUUAUUUAAACUGGCUGGAAUAGAGCAAGUUCCAUUGUCAUGUUUGAUGAUAUUAUGUUUCCAAUGAGAUUAUUAUUUUUGUCC